UUAUUUAUGAUAACGUGAUGAUAAGCUAGCAGUCUCGGCUUAUUUAAUUCUUUUGGUAAUUAGCAAUGGACUUGGUUCCUAACUAAAAUGCUCCCUUUCAUAAAAGGUGUAGAGUACUUUCCAAGCCACGAAGUUCCUAAAUUGGUGGGUUAUUCAGGGUGUACUAAGGAGGCGUGUACAUGUCAUCACUGUUCGUCAUCAAAGAAAAAAGUUCCGCCCUUUCUCUCCCUCUCUUUUCUUUUGUUGUUACAAUAGAAGUAUUCAUCAAUGGCAGGAGAAAACUAUAUUGGAUCAAAGAUUUCUCUCAUCAGUUUAAGUGACAUUCGUUACGUUGGUAUUCUUCACAGUAUCAAUGCUCAAGAUUCCACAGUUGGAUUAAAGCAAGUUCGUUCUUUUGGCACCGAGGGACGUAAAGGAAAGCUCGAAGAGGAAAUUCCUCCUUCUGAAAACGUAUUUGACUAUGUUGUAUUCCGUGGAUCGGAUAUUAAAGAUCUCCAAGUCUUCGAGGCUCCUCCCAAGCCUACCCCUCCACCACAAAGCCUCCCUCAGGAUCCUGCUAUCAUGAGUAUGAGCGGGUACCCUCCUAUGAAUCCAUAUAUGGGUGGCAACAUGUAUAUGCAACCUCCACCUGUUUCUCAGCAGCUUCCUCAUCAACAGCAACAACCUCCGUUCCAACCUCCUCCCGUCCUUCAGCAACCUCAUUUACACCAGUCGCAACCACCUCAGCCGCAACCACAUCCUUUACAACAGCAGACAAAACCUCUUCAAACACAACCCCAACAGCAGCACCGUCAGGCACAACCCCAGCAACCCCAGCAACAUCAACAGCCACCUAAACAGCAGCAGCAACCACCACCACCACAACAACAACAACAACAACAACCCCAGCAACAGCCACAACAGCAGCAGCAACAACCUAUCCAAGGUUACUGGAAACCUACUUACACUGAAACUGAAGUUGACCAACUUGAAAAGGAUACGUUGGAUGAAUUGAAAGCUGAAUUGGCUGAAGCUGAUGCUCUCCAGCCCAAUAUUAAUGAGGCUACGAUUGAGGAAUUGGCAAAGAAAGUGAGUGAGUUGAACCCAGUUGAUGAACCUAAACAAUCUUCUGAUGAACACCGUCCAAACAACCGCCGCCACGAUCACAGCAAUCACCGUGGUAAGCGUCACAGCAACGACAGACAAGUCAACCAUAAGAACAAGAAUGACUUCAAUAUCCCCUCUUCAGAAUUUGAUUUUGAAGCUUCUAAUGCCAAAUUUGAUAAAAACGAAGUCAUAAAGAAAGAUGAAGGAAGCGCUUUGGAGACAGUAGCCGAUAUUCCUCCUCCUGAUAACUUCUAUAACAAGAGCUCAUUUUUUGACAACAUCUCUUGCGAGUCAAAGGAACGUGCAGAACAACGUGACAAUGAACAACGCCGUAACCGUUUCCAAGAAGAACGUAAAUUGAACAUGGAAACAUUUGGACAAGCAAGUGUCGACCAAUCCCGAUACCGUAGUAACUAUAAUCGAGGACGCGGUAGCAAUUAUCGUGGCCGUGGAGGAUAUUAUCGUAGCAGCAACCGUAGUAAUACUACAAACGGAUAUAGACAGAACAAUAAGGCAUAAAGAAAACAAGUGUAGUAGACUGCAAUCACAUAUCUUAUGUAUGAUAAUAAUAAGUGUGCUUAACCCCCUUUCCUCUUUUGGG